AUGCAGUUUCAAAGCAUUCUGGCUCUCGGUCUCGUCACCACAGCACGACUUGCCAUUGCUGGGCCAUGUGACAUCUAUAACAGCGGCGGCACGCCCUGCAUCGCUGCACACAGCACCACUCGAGCCCUGUACACCAACUAUAAUGGUGGACUUUACCAGAUCAAGCGUGCAUCUGAUGGGUCAACUACAGACAUCAAACCUCUAGCAAAGGGUGGAGUCGCUGAUGCCUCUGCACAAGACACAUUCUGCAGUGGUACAACAUGCCUCAUCACCAUCAUCUAUGACCAAUCUGGUCGAAGUAAUCACUUGACCCAAGCACCACCUGGUGGAUUCCAGGGUCCGGAGGCAAACGGGUACGACAACUUGGCGAGUGCCGAUGGUGCACCAGUGACUCUCAAUGGGAAGAAAGCCUAUGGCGUUUUCAUAUCUCCUGGAACUGGCUACCGCAACAAUCAUGUCAGCGGUUCCGCUACAGGUGAUCAGCCAGAAGGCAUGUACGCUGUUCUCGAUGGUACACACUACAAUGGGGGCUGUUGCUUCGACUAUGGUAAUGCCGAGACCAACAGCAAAGACACAGGCAAUGGUCACAUGGAAGCCAUCUACUUUGGCGACAACACUGUCUGGGGUUCUGGUGCUGGUAGCGGACCGUGGAUCAUGGCAGAUCUUGAGAAUGGCCUAUUUUCUGGCAAGAACCCAAAGAACAAUGCUGCAGAUCCUUCCGUCAGUCACAGAUUCCUCAGUGCGAUUGUGAAGGGCAAGCCUGGUACCUGGUCCAUCCGGGGUGGAAAUGCUGCUUCUGGCUCUCUGUCAACAUUCUACAGCGGCGCAUAUCCCGACGGAGGAUACAGCCCGAUGAAGAAGGAAGGCGCCAUCAUAUUGGGCAUUGGAGGUGACAAUAGUGUUGGUGCUCAAGGUACCUUUUACGAAGGCGUUAUGACUUCUGGAUAUCCUUCCGAUGCCACUGAGAAUGCUGUACAGGCUGAUAUCGUGGCUGCCAAAUAUGCUACGACGUCACUGACAAGUGGCACUGCUCUCUCAGUCGGGUCAUCUGUAUCAUUGAAGGUUACGACAUCAGGGUAUACAAACCGCUACCUCGCGCAUACCGACUCGGACGUCAAUACACAGAUUGUCGAUUCCUCUAGCACCACCGCGCUCAAGAAGCAAGCCAGCUGGACUGUCCGUACCGGUCUUGCCAAUAGUGGCUGUGUAUCGUUUGAGUCUGUUGAUACACCUGGAAGUUACAUCAGACAUUACUCGUUCGCUCUCGUGCUUAACAAGAACGACGGAAGCAAAGCCUUUAACGAAGACGCUACGUUUUGUCCUCAGAAGGGUAUGAAUAACCAGGGAAAUUCAAUCCGAUCUUGGAGUUACCCAACUCGAUACUUUCGACACUACGAUAACAAGGGUUAUGCUGCAUCUAAUGGUGGUGUUCACACUUUUGAUGCUGAUAAGAGUUUUGCGGAUGAUGUCAGCUUUGUUGUUGCAAAGAGUCUUGCUUAG